AUAGCACAAAACCCGCCGGGAUGGGGAUAACUGGUAACUGCUCGUGGCGCUGUGGAAACGAUCCCAGGCGAGGGGAGCGUCGUUAGGCUGAACGCUUGGGGAGAUCCUGGUCAUUCUUCCAUGAAAUGUCUGCCCGGAACCACCAAGCCCUUGUCCGUGUACACCAGUGUGGAUCCGGGUCGUACUGACUCUGCCAUAUUCCCCACCAUGGGUGACAUGAAAACUCCAGAUUUUGAUGACCUUCUGGCAGCUUUCGAUAUUCCUGACAUUGACACGAAUGAGGCCAUCCAUUCUGGCCAUGAGGAAGCUGACGCUCACAUCAAGCAAGUCCCCGGGGAGCCGGGACCCCCUGACCACGUCCUCCCCCACACGGACAUCACUGCUGUCAGCGUGAUUGUGAAGAACACCGUCUGCCCCGAGCAGCUCGAUGCCCUGGAUGGGCGCGGUAAAGAUGGGCACGUCAUUGGGCCCCGCUUGCUGCAGAAUGGCUUUGGGGCCACGGUGAUGCCCAGGUCCCCCACCUCCAGGUCUGUGGAAGCUGUGGCGUCCUCCAACGGGGAGUGUUGGGUGAAAGAAAAAGGCCCCAAACCCCUGGAUAUCUUCUCCCAUUUUAGCCCCGAUCCCAACGAAGACAAUGCUGCUAACCUGAUUGACAGACCCCGGGAGUGUAAGCCGAAAGAGAAAUCCCUCGCCGUGCCCUCCCUCUCCCCAUCUCCCACCCCGUCGCUGGACUGCAAAGAGCCCAUGGGAGAGAGCACGGAGAACCUGCCCCCGGCUUUCCCACAGUCCUUUGAAACAAGCCAGGCAGGGGGUGCAAAUGGGUCCCCUCCUACCAUCUCCUGCAUCAAAAAAGAGGAGUCUGACUCGGAGGAGGUGGGCCACGAAGCCAGCCCAAAGGGUUUGGCUGCAGCCUUGGGUGACAGUCCCUUGGAUCACCUGAAAUCAGUCACCGUUCGCUACUCCACAGAUGAUUCUCCCAUCACGUCCUGGCCCGGUUCUGACCCAAACCUCGACAGCAGCACCAGCAACCUUCCUGAAGUGAAACGCUCGCCUGCCAGCCCCCGGGAGCCGUUCUUCAAGCCUUCCUCGCCGGUGGUACAAAGCCCCAGACUCCCCACUUCUCCAAAGCAGCUGGACAGCAUCACCCUCAAGGAAGAGCACGAAGUUCUGGAGAAGUCAAUGGGAAGUCCGCAGAGUAUGUCCAGCGCUGAGGAAGAGGAGGAGGAAGAAGACAACAACAAUGAUUCCCCUUCUUCGAAUUCCUCGCGGCCCCUGAAGGUGCGGAUUAAAACCAUCAAAACAUCUUGUGGCAGCAUCACCCGGACAGUGACCAGGGUCUCAUCAGAUUCAGAGCCGGGCUCCACCAAGGGGCCGGCCGAGCACAGCUCUCAGGAGACCUCUCUUGAGGGUGCCGGCUUCUCAGCAUCAGCAGAGAAAGAGGAAGGGAUCGCGCUGGAGGUGCCCAAGGAGAAAAUGGAGCUCUCCAGCCCCUUGAAAACCAUCGAGGGGCCAAAAAUCGUCAGUGUUCAGCUUGGCAAUGGCACCAAGCUCAAAGGGACCGUCCUGCCCGUCUCCACCAUCCAGAACGCCAGCAGCGCCAUGCUGAUCGCUGCCAGCGUGGCUCAGCAAAAAUCCGUGGUGCUGCCGGCAAAGACGAGUAAAGCCGUGGCCAAGAACAUCAUCAAUCUGGUGCCACAGACGCUGCCCAAAGCUGACACCAGGACCAACAUCAGCACCGUGACGCAGACCACCACCAUCACCACCACGGCCAACCAGAAAGUCAACGGCACCACAGUUGUGAUGGUGCAGCCGCAGAAGCCUUCCCCUACCAUCGCAGGCACAGUCAUUUCCAGGAGCCAGUCCAGCCUCGUGGAAGCCUUUAACAAGAUCCUCAACAGUAAAAACCUCUUGCCAACGUACAAACCCAACCUGAAUCCUCCGGCCGACGCGAGCCUCGCCCUGCCUCCCUUCGGUUACCGCUGCCUGGAGUGCGGGGACUCCUUCGCCCUGGAGAAGAGCUUGGCUCGCCACUACGACCGGCGAAGCAUGCGCAUUGAGGUAACCUGCAACCACUGCACCAAACGCCUCGUCUUCUUCAACAAGUGCAGUUUGCUCCUGCACGCCCGGGAGCACAAGGACAAAGGCCUGGUGAUGCAGUGCUCCCAUUUGGUCAUGAGGCCGAUCGCUUUGGAUCAAAUGAUCGGACAGCCGGACAUCACCCCUCUGGUCUCGGUGACCUCCUUCCCCGCUAGCAAAGUGACUGGCGUGGCUCAGGAGGCCUUGGCCACGGCCAAUGGGGCUCAGGACCUCCCCAUCCUGCCUCUGAGCAGCAGCUCGGAGCAGACCAACUACAGCUGCUUCAGGUGCCUGGAGUGCAAAGAGCAAUGCAAAGACAAAGCCGGGCUGGCCGCGCAUUUCCAGCAGGCAGUGACCACGGGGACGACCAGCAGCACGGUUUGUACAACGUGUCCCAUGAUCAUGUCCAAUCGCUGCAGCUUUAACGCCCAUCAGCGGAUGCACAAAAACCGACCGCCCCAUGUCUGCCCCGAGUGCGGAGGGAAUUUCCUCCUGGCGAACUUCGAGACCCACCUGAAGGAGGCCUGCCUGCACUUCUCCCGCAGAGUGGGGUACAGGUGUCCCAGCUGCGCUGUGGUCUUCGGCGGGGUCAACUCCAUCAAGUCCCACAUCCAGACCUCCCACUGCGAGGUGUUCCACAAGUGCCCCAUCUGCCCCAUGGCGUUCAAGUCAGCCCCCAGCGCCCACGCGCAUGUCUACACGCAGCACCCCGGCUUCAGCAACCAGCAGUCCAAAAUGAUUUACAAGUGUGCAAUGUGCGACACGGUCUUCACCCACAAGCCCCUGCUCUCCUCCCAUUUCGACCAGCAUCUGCUCAACCAGCGGGUCAGUGUCUUCAAGUGUCCGGACUGCCCCCUGCUCUUCGCCCAGAAGCGCACCAUGCUGGAGCACCUCAAGAACACCCAUCAGCCCCAGAAGACCAAGGAAGACCUGGCAAAGAAGGCGGCCGUCCUGCUCACGCCGAAGCAGGAGCCUGUCGAAACCCCCGUGUCCAAGAUCUCGGAGGAGUCGUCGUCCUCCACGGAGGAGGAUGAGCCCCCCAGCUCCCCGGAACUGCGGAAGACCAAGCGAAGCCGCUUCCAGCGCAAGACGGUCAACAAGUCGAAGGGCAGCGGGUGGACGUGCGGCGUUUGCCACUCCUGGUUCCCGGAACGUGACGAAUACGUCUCCCACAUGAAGAAGGACCACGGCAAGUCCGUGAAGAAGUUCCCGUGCCACCUGUGCGAGCGUUCAUUCUGCUCCGCUCCCAGCCUCCGGAGACACGUGCGAGUGAAUCACGAAGGGAUCAAGCGCGUCUAUCCCUGCCGGUACUGCACAGAGGGCAAACGGACCUUCAGCAGCCGGCUCAUCCUGGAGAAACACAUCCAGGUGCGACACGGGAUCAAGGUGACCGACCAGGCGAAGAGCCAGGAGGUCGUUAUCGCCCGGAUAGGGACCGGCACCACGCAGGUGUCCAGUCGGAAGCGGAAGCUGUCCUCGGACGAGGGCGACUCGUGCAGCGAGGAGCCUGACAGCACCACCCCUCCCUCCAAAAACCCCAAGGGCGACCGCAAGGCCCCCUUCCGGUGCCGAAAAUGUGGUUACCUCGCCAGCAGCUCAGCCGACUUCCAGGAACACAUCCCCCAGCACCGGACUGAUGAGAGCUCCCACCAGUGCCGGGAGUGCGGGCUCUGCUUCACCUCCCAGGUCUCCCUCAACCGCCACCGCUUCAUCACCCACAAGAAGAAGAAGGGAGCGAGCGAGAUGGAGGAGCCGGGGCCCCGGAGCCCCCUGGAAGGAGGCGCCCAGCACGCGGCCGACGGCAAGCUCUCCUGCAAGGUGUGCGGCCGGUGCUUUGACAGUCAGCUCAACCUCAAGACGCACUUCCGCACCCACGGCAUGGCCUUCAUCCGUGCCAGGCAGAACGCGAGCCCCGAAAACUAGGGCCCCGGCGGAGGGGGAACGAGACAUGUAUAUAAUCAGCACAGAGCUCUCUGCGACGGAGGCUGCUGGUGCCCACCUGGGCUCCCCCUUCCUCCCUCCCUCCUCCUGGGCAGUGUUUCGA